AUGAAUGCAUCAGCUAUACUCUCCGAGUUCGACAAGCUUGUCAACUCCGGCGUCGUGAUAUACAACGAUGAGCAAGAAAUAAUUGAGUACACCGAUGGAGAGCUCAAGUUUCAAUUCUGUCUCACAUCUGCUCUCGCCAAAAAGCCAACCAUCCAGAUGUCGUCCCCGGAGAGUGAUAAGAAGAACGAACCACAACCUCAAAAGAUAGAAGGAAGCGAUAUUAGCAUCACUGGCUUCGAGAUUGGCGAGGCUAGCAGCACUCACUUUCUAGUAGCCAAUAAAUUCUGCUGGGCUAGACCUCAUCUCAUGCUGGUAACUUCUGACGGAUACCAAAGGCAAUAUGAAGCGCUAAGUCUGAGUGAUAUCAAAUCGGUGUGGCAUAUUCUGUCUACCAUGGAUAACGACUAUGUUGCCUUCUAUAACUGCGGCCAGGAUGGAGGGUGCAGCAGGUUGCACAAACACUUGCAACUAAUACCAACACCAAAGAACAUCUUUGCAUCAUUCCUCGAUCUUGAGGACGCUGAAGAACCCAAUGUACCCUUUCAGUGGUUUUAUCGCCGCUUGGACCCUCAAAAUACUACGCCAGUUACUUUACUGAAGGUCUACAAUAGCCUUUUGGACGAAGCAACAAAGGUAGGGAGACACCGGGCUGAGCAUGCCUCUAUUGCUUUGCCCGAUGCUGCUUGUCCGCACAAUUUCAUUCUCACAAAGCGUUGGAUGAUAGUGCUACCAAGGCGCCGAGCUGGGAUCAACAAAGAGGCCGGAGCCAAUGCAAUUGGUAUGCUGGGCUAUAUAGUUGUUGCUACUCAGCGCGAAAUCGAUAAUUGGAUACGCUUGGGAUUAACGGGCUCGCUGGGUGAGCUUGGAGUACCCAAAUGA